ACAAUGGACCAUCUCCUUGGUCCCUGCAAUCAACAUGAGGAUGAGGGUGCAAGUGAGCAAGAUGCACACGAGGACCAGCCCAGCACGAGUCGCACCCAACAGCCAUUUGCAUACAAUAUGGAACAAAUGCAAGACUAUGCUGCCAAUGGCCCGAUGCCAAUCAAUACCCUCCACGAUGAAAGUUGGUUUGUCGCCAAGACGCUUCUUUAUUCCCUUAAUGCAAAGAACAAAUUGAAGCGGCGUUCUCUGUUUCAAGUCCCUACUGAGACAGAGGCUACUUUUAAUUCUGAAAUCACAUCCAUAUUGGCCCAAGAUGACCCAUUGUCACAGUUUGACAAGAUUGUCGAACUUCGAAGGAAAUGUUUGCAUCAAGGAUUGCUUCAAUGCGUUUCCCUUGAUGUUCUAGAGUCUCUCCUCGUACUUGUAGAGACAGCAGACUACAUCACAAGGGAGGAUUCUCACAUGCCCAUCUCACCUAUGUUCGAACAUGUCCUGCACUCGCGUUUUUCUUUGGAAAACCCCCACAAGCAUUCAUGUGACUCUUGCCACCUUCCAAAGGAAAUUACGGCCACAACGCAUUGGCUUAAUUCAUAUUUCUAUUGGGGUCCUAUUGUUGUCCUCACACCACCCUUCCAUAUCACUCUCUAUCAUAGUAUGGGAUUUUCGAAACGGUUUGGGAACCCUGAAAUCGACAUUUGGAUUGCCUUGUGCAACCAUGAUGGAUGCACACUUGUAGAUGAUCGAAAAGCAGGUGCUAUAUAUGCACUCAAAAAGUUGAUGCACUUGGCCUUUGACCGAGAUGUUGCGAAAUAUGCUCGUGAAUUGGCGAUCAAACUCCACUCCUAUGACCUCGCUACUCGUGUUAAACGCCAUCAUGGACGUGACAGAAAUGCUACUAACCGAUGGGAGGCUGCUAACUGCCCAGCAGUGUCAGGCUAGCUGCUUCAUGCUGCUGCAUUUGACAGACUCAUUGCCUCGCGUUGGACAACAAGCAGCGGUUCCAAUGUCUCACCAUGUUUCAUGAUUUCACUGCGCUGCUACACGUUUGCCAUUGUUAUUAGCCCAUUUAUACUGCUUUACAAGGUCUCCCUAAGUGCCUCAACACCUUGGAUGUACACAGGUAUUAUGCAUAAGACUCGUAGUUCUAUCAUACCUAUGUC